AUGGACCGUCGUCAGCAGGAGGUGCUGUUGCGCCUGGCUGCUACCCCAGCAAGAGCCCUCCCCUUGGAAGCCAGAGCGGAGCGGUGCCGAGCCAUGCGCGAGCUGAGGCCGUGUGGGCGCACCGUGCACCACUGCCUGCUGCCGUGCCGCCACGCCUGCCUCUGCGGGGAGUGCGCCCAGCGCUGCUCCGCCUGCCCCGUCUGCCGCUGCCCCAUCGGGGCCCCUGCUGCUGCUGCGGCAGGAGGAGCAGCAGGGGGAGGGGGAGGGGGAGGGGCAGGGGGAGUAGCAGGGGGAGGGGGAGCAGCAGGGGAAGGGGGUUCUGCGCGGCAAUCCGGAGAGCGGAUUCAUAUCCGACUGUACGACGCGUGUGUGGACGCAGGCCUUGUCAGCCCACUCAAAGACGUGGUUAAAGACUCCGGGUGGGGAGGCGGAGCAGGGGGAGGGGGAGGAGGAGUGGGGGGAGGCGGAGGGGGGAUUGGGGGGCUGGGGGUGGACGCUCAGGGGUAUCCCAUGGACGUGCGGCGUCUGUUCGCCCUGUUUGACAUUGCUCUGGACCGCGGACUCGGGUAUCCCAUGGACGUGCGGCGGCUGUUCGCCCUGUUUGACAUUGCUCUGGACCGCGGGCUCGUCACCCUCAUCUGCCACUACGCGCAGGGGUAUCCCAUGGACGUGUGGCGGCUGUUGGCCCUGUUUGACAUUGCCCUGGACCGCGGACUCGUCACUCUCAUCUGCCACUGUGAGUGGGGCUGUUAUGUUAAGGGAGGGGGGUAUCCCAUGGACGUGCGGCGGCUGUUCGCCCUGUUUGAUAUUGCUCUGGACCGCGGGCUUGUCACUCUCAUCUGCCACUACGUGGAGGAGGAGGUGUGCAUGGACGAGGCAGCAGUCUCUUCAGUGCUCUUUCUCCUGCCUCUCUCAUUCCCUCCUCUUGAUGCAAGGUCUCGCUACUCCUGUUCUGCCCACCCCUCCUUCCCCUCCUCCACUGUGCGUGAAACAGACGUGGAGGAGGUGUGCAUGGACGAGGCAGCAGUCUCUUCAGUGCUCUUUCUCCUGCCUCUCUCAUUCCCUCCUCUUGAUGCAAGGUCUCGCUACUCCUGUUCUGCCCACCCCUCCUUCCCCUCCUCCACUGUGCGUGAAACAGACGUGGAGGAGGUGUGCAUGGACGAGGCAGCAGUCUCUUCAGUGCUCUUUCUCCUGCCUCUCUCAUUCCCUCCUCUUGAUGCAAGGUCUCGCUACUCCUGUUCUGCCCACCCCUCCUUCCCCUCCUCCACUGUGCGUGAAACAGACGUGGACGAGGUGUGCAUGGACGAGGCAGCAGUCUCUUCAGUGCUCUUUCUCCUGCCUCUCUCAUUCCCUCCUCUUGAUGCAAGGUCUCGCUACUCCUGUUCUGCCCACCCCUCCUUCCCCUCCUCCACUGUGCGUGAAACAGACGUGGAGGAGGAGGUGUGCAUGGACGAGGCAGCAGUCUCUUCAGUGCUCUUUCUCCUGCCUCUCUCAUUCCCUCCUCUUGAUGCAAGGUCUCGCUACUCCUGUUCUGCCCCCCCUCCUUCCCCUCCUCCACUGUGCGUGAAACAGACGUGGACGAGGUCUCGCUACUCCUGUUCUGCCCACCCCUCCUUCCCCUCCUCCACUGUGCGUGAAACAGACGUGGAGGAGGUGUGCAUGGACGAGGCAGCAGUCUCUUCAGUGCUCUUUCUCCUGCCUCUCUCAUUCCCUCCUCUUGAUGCAAGGUCUCGCUACUCCUGUUCUGCCCACCCCUCCUUCCCCUCCUCCACUGUGCGUGAAACAGACGAGGAGGAGGUGUGCAUGGACGAGGCAGCAGUCUCUUCAGUGCUCUUUCUCCUGCCUCUCUCAUUCCCUCCUCUUGAUGCAAGGUCUCGCUACUCCUGUUCUGCCCACCCCUCCUUCCCCUCCUCCACUGUGCGUGAAACAGACGUGGAGGAGGAGGUGUGCAUGGACGAGGCAGCAGUCUCUUCAGUGCUCUUUCUCCUGCCUCUCUCAUUCCCUCCUCUUGAUGCAAGGUCUCGCUACUCCUGUUCUGCCCACCCCUCCUUCCCCUCCUCCACUGUGCGUGAAACAGACGUGGACGAGGUGUGCAUGGACGAGGCAGCAGUCUCUUCAGUGCUCUUUCUCCUGCCUCUCUCAUUCCCUCCUCUUGAUGCAAGGUCUCGCUACUCCUGUUCUGCCCACCCCUCCUUCCCCUCCUCCACUGUGCGUGAAACAGACGUGGACGAGGUGUGCAUGGACGAGGCAGCAGUCUCUUCAGUGCUCUUUCUCCUGCCUCUCUCAUUCCCUCCUCUUGAUGCAAGGUCUCGCUACUCCUGUUCUGCCCACCCCUCCUUCCCCUCCUCCACUGUGCGUGAAACAGACGUGGAGGAGGAGGUGUGCAUGGACGAGGCAGCAGUCUCUUCAGUGCUCUUUCUCCUGCCUCUCUCAUUCCCUCCUCUUGAUGCAAGGUCUCGCUACUCCUGUUCUGCCCACCCCUCCUUCCCCUCCUCCACUGUGCGUGAAACAGACGUGGAGGAGGUGUGCAUGGACGAGGCAGCAGUCUCUUCAGUGCUCUUUCUCCUGCCUCUCUCAUUCCCUCCUCUUGAUGCAAGGUCUCGCUACUCCUGUUCUGCCCACCCCUCCUUCCCCUCCUCCACUGUGCGUGAAACAGACGUGGACGAGGUGUGCAUGGACGAGGCAGCAGUCUCUUCAGUGCUCUUUCUCCUGCCUCUCUCAUUCCCUCCUCUUGAUGCAAGGUCUCGCUACUCCUGUUCUGCCCACCCCUCCUUCCCCUCCUCCACUGUGCGUGAAACAGACGUGGAGGAGGUGUGCAUGGACGAGGCAGCAGUCUCUUCAGUGCUCUUUCUCCUGCCUCUCUCAUUCCCUCCUCUUGAUGCAAGGUCUCGCUACUCCUGUUCUGCCCACCCCUCCUUCCCCUCCUCCACUGUGCGUGAAACAGACGUGGACGAGGUGUGCAUGGACGAGGCAGCAGUCUCUUCAGUGCUCUUUCUCCUGCCUCUCUCAUUCCCUCCUCUUGAUGCAAGGUCUCGCUACUCCUGUUCUGCCCACCCCUCCUUCCCCUCCUCCACUGUGCGUGAAACAGACGUGGAGGAGGUGUGCAUGGACGAGGCAGCAGUCUCUUCAGUGCUCUUUCUCCUGCCUCUCUCAUUCCCUCCUCUUGAUGCAAGGUCUCGCUACUCCUGUUCUGCCCACCCCUCCUUCCCCUCCUCCACUGUGCGUGAAACAGACGUGGAGGAGGUGUGCAUGGACGAGGCAGCAGUCUCUUCAGUGCUCUUUCUCCUGCCUCUCUCAUUCCCUCCUCUUGAUGCAAGGUCUCGCUACUCCUGUUCUGCCCACCCCUCCUUCCCCUCCUCCACUGUGCGUGAAACAGACGAGGAGGAGGUGUGCAUGGACGAGGCAGCAGUCUCUUCAGUGCUCUUUCUCCUGCCUCUCUCAUUCCCUCCUCUUGAUGCAAGGUCUCGCUACUCCUGUUCUGCCCACCCCUCCUUCCCCUCCUCCACUGUGCGUGAAACAGACGUGGAGGAGGAGGUGUGCAUGGACGAGGCAGCAGUCUCUUCAGUGCUCUUUCUCCUGCCUCUCUCAUUCCCUCCUCUUGAUGCAAGGUCUCGCUACUCCUGUUCUGCCCACCCCUCCUUCCCCUCCUCCACUGUGCGUGAAACAGACGUGGACGAGGUGUGCAUGGACGAGGCAGCAGUCUCUUCAGUGCUCUUUCUCCUGCCUCUCUCAUUCCCUCCUCUUGAUGCAAGGUCUCGCUACUCCUGUUCUGCCCACCCCUCCUUCCCCUCCUCCACUGUGCGUGAAACAGACGUGGAGGAGGUGUGCAUGGACGAGGCAGCAGUCUCUUCAGUGCUCUUUCUCCUGCCUCUCUCAUUCCCUCCUCUUGAUGCAAGGUCUCGCUACUCCUGUUCUGCCCACCCCUCCUUCCCCUCCUCCACUGUGCGUGAAACAGACGUGGAGGAGGUGUGCAUGGACGAGGCAGCAGUCUCUUCAGUGCUCUUUCUCCUGCCUCUCUCAUUCCCUCCUCUUGAUGCAAGGUCUCGCUACUCCUGUUCUGCCCACCCCUCCUUCCCCUCCUCCACUGUGCGUGAAACAGACGAGGAGGAGGUGUGCAUGGACGAGGCAGCAGUCUCUUCAGUGCUCUUUCUCCUGCCUCUCUCAUUCCCUCCUCUUGAUGCAAGGUCUCGCUACUCCUGUUCUGCCCACCCCUCCUUCCCCUCCUCCACUGUGCGUGAAACAGACGUGGAGGAGGAGGUGUGCAUGGACGAGGCAGCAGUCUCUUCAGUGCUCUUUCUCCUGCCUCUCUCAUUCCCUCCUCUUGAUGCAAGGUCUCGCUACUCCUGUUCUGCCCACCCCUCCUUCCCCUCCUCCACUGUGCGUGAAACAGACGUGGACGAGGUGUGCAUGGACGAGGCAGCAGUCUCUUCAGUGCUCUUUCUCCUGCCUCUCUCAUUCCCUCCUCUUGAUGCAAGGUCUCGCUACUCCUGUUCUGCCCACCCCUCCUUCCCCUCCUCCACUGUGCGUGAAACAGACGUGGACGAGGUGUGCAUGGACGAGGCAGCAGUCUCUUCAGUGCUCUUUCUCCUGCCUCUCUCAUUCCCUCCUCUUGAUGCAAGGUCUCGCUACUCCUGUUCUGCCCACCCCUCCUUCCCCUCCUCCACUGUGCGUGAAACAGACGUGGAGGAGGAGGUGUGCAUGGACGAGGCAGCAGUCUCUUCAGUGCUCUUUCUCCUGCCUCUCUCAUUCCCUCCUCUUGAUGCAAGGUCUCGCUACUCCUGUUCUGCCCACCCCUCCUUCCCCUCCUCCACUGUGCGUGAAACAGACGUGGAGGAGGUGUGCAUGGACGAGGCAGCAGUCUCUUCAGUGCUCUUUCUCCUGCCUCUCUCAUUCCCUCCUCUUGAUGCAAGGUCUCGCUACUCCUGUUCUGCCCACCCCUCCUUCCCCUCCUCCACUGUGCGUGAAACAGACGUGGACGAGGUGUGCAUGGACGAGGCAGCAGUCUCUUCAGUGCUCUUUCUCCUGCCUCUCUCAUUCCCUCCUCUUGAUGCAAGGUCUCGCUACUCCUGUUCUGCCCACCCCUCCUUCCCCUCCUCCACUGUGCGUGAAACAGACGUGGAGGAGGUGUGCAUGGACGAGGCAGCAGUCUCUUCAGUGCUCUUUCUCCUGCCUCUCUCAUUCCCUCCUCUUGAUGCAAGGUCUCGCUACUCCUGUUCUGCCCACCCCUCCUUCCCCUCCUCCACUGUGCGUGAAACAGACGUGGACGAGGUGUGCAUGGACGAGGCAGCAGUCUCUUCAGUGCUCUUUCUCCUGCCUCUCUCAUUCCCUCCUCUUGAUGCAAGGUCUCGCUACUCCUGUUCUGCCCACCCCUCCUUCCCCUCCUCCACUGUGCGUGAAACAGACGUGGAGGAGGUGUGCAUGGACGAGGCAGCAGUCUCUUCAGUGCUCUUUCUCCUGCCUCUCUCAUUCCCUCCUCUUGAUGCAAGGUCUCGCUACUCCUGUUCUGCCCACCCCUCCUUCCCCUCCUCCACUGUGCGUGAAACAGACGUGGAGGAGGUGUGCAUGGACGAGGCAGCAGUCUCUUCAGUGCUCUUUCUCCUGCCUCUCUCAUUCCCUCCUCUUGAUGCAAGGUCUCGCUACUCCUGUUCUGCCCACCCCUCCUUCCCCUCCUCCACUGUGCGUGAAACAGACGAGGAGGAGGUGUGCAUGGACGAGGCAGCAGUCUCUUCAGUGCUCUUUCUCCUGCCUCUCUCAUUCCCUCCUCUUGAUGCAAGGUCUCGCUACUCCUGUUCUGCCCACCCCUCCUUCCCCUCCUCCACUGUGCGUGAAACAGACGUGGAGGAGGAGGUGUGCAUGGACGAGGCAGCAGUCUCUUCAGUGCUCUUUCUCCUGCCUCUCUCAUUCCCUCCUCUUGAUGCAAGGUCUCGCUACUCCUGUUCUGCCCACCCCUCCUUCCCCUCCUCCACUGUGCGUGAAACAGACGUGGACGAGGUGUGCAUGGACGAGGCAGCAGUCUCUUCAGUGCUCUUUCUCCUGCCUCUCUCAUUCCCUCCUCUUGAUGCAAGGUCUCGCUACUCCUGUUCUGCCCACCCCUCCUUCCCCUCCUCCACUGUGCGUGAAACAGACGUGGAGGAGGUGUGCAUGGACGAGGCAGCAGUCUCUUCAGUGCUCUUUCUCCUGCCUCUCUCAUUCCCUCCUCUUGAUGCAAGGUCUCGCUACUCCUGUUCUGCCCACCCCUCCUUCCCCUCCUCCACUGUGCGUGAAACAGACGUGGAGGAGGUGUGCAUGGACGAGGCAGCAGUCUCUUCAGUGCUCUUUCUCCUGCCUCUCUCAUUCCCUCCUCUUGAUGCAAGGUCUCGCUACUCCUGUUCUGCCCACCCCUCCUUCCCCUCCUCCACUGUGCGUGAAACAGACGAGGAGGAGGUGUGCAUGGACGAGGCAGCAGUCUCUUCAGUGCUCUUUCUCCUGCCUCUCUCAUUCCCUCCUCUUGAUGCAAGGUCUCGCUACUCCUGUUCUGCCCACCCCUCCUUCCCCUCCUCCACUGUGCGUGAAACAGACGUGGAGGAGGAGGUGUGCAUGGACGAGGCAGCAGUCUCUUCAGUGCUCUUUCUCCUGCCUCUCUCAUUCCCUCCUCUUGAUGCAAGGUCUCGCUACUCCUGUUCUGCCCACCCCUCCUUCCCCUCCUCCACUGUGCGUGAAACAGACGUGGAGGAGGUGUGCAUGGACGAGGCAGCAGUCUCUUCAGUGCUCUUUCUCCUGCCUCUCUCAUUCCCUCCUCUUGAUGCAAGGUCUCGCUACUCCUGUUCUGCCCACCCCUCCUUCCCCUCCUCCACUGUGCGUGAAACAGACGUGGAGGAGGUGUGCAUGGACGAGGCAGCAGUCUCUUCAGUGCUCUUUCUCCUGCCUCUCUCAUUCCCUCCUCUUGAUGCAAGGUCUCGCUACUCCUGUUCUGCCCACCCCUCCUUCCCCUCCUCCACUGUGCGUGAAACAGACGUGGAGGAGGUGUGCAUGGACGAGGCAGCAGUCUCUUCAGUGCUCUUUCUCCUGCCUCUCUCAUUCCCUCCUCUUGAUGCAAGGUCUCGCUACUCCUGUUCUGCCCACCCCUCCUUCCCCUCCUCCACUGUGCGUGAAACAGACGUGGACGAGGUGUGCAUGGACGAGGCAGCAGUCUCUUCAGUGCUCUUUCUCCUGCCUCUCUCAUUCCCUCCUCUUGAUGCAAGGUCUCGCUACUCCUGUUCUGCCCACCCCUCCUUCCCCUCCUCCACUGUGCGUGAAACAGACGUGGAGGAGGUGUGCAUGGACGAGGCAGCAGUCUCUUCAGUGCUCUUUCUCCUGCCUCUCUCAUUCCCUCCUCUUGAUGCAAGGUCUCGCUACUCCUGUUCUGCCCACCCCUCCUUCCCCUCCUCCACUGUGCGUGAAACAGACGUGGACGAGGUGUGCAUGGACGAGGCAGCAGUCUCCAACGUGGAAGAGGUGUGCAUGGACGAGGCAGCAGUCUCCAGUGACCCGGUGCUCUCCCUCCUGUUGGAUCCCAGGCUUGUGCUCGAGUGGGCACAGUUGACCUUCACCUGGAUAAAAAGGACGCUCAGAGAUCUAUACGCCUCUGGCAUCACUGAUCGUCGUAUGGAUGAUGCCACCUGCCUGGCCGUGCGCCUGCAGGGGAUUUCUCAGGUGCUGGCAACACUGCAGGGGCCAGAGGACCCCCUGGCGCAGCAGCAAGCGCAGAUGCAGCAGGGGGGGGCGGAGGGGGGGAGAGGGGGGGGCGGGGGAGCGGAGGGGCGCAAGGGGCACGAGUGGGAGGCUGGGAGACUUGCAGAAGCUGUUGCAAGAGCGUCCCAGCAUGUGGGCAUCAUGCAAUGUGCUGCCAAGAACCGUUUCUUUGAGGGCCUCCCUCGUUGUUUUCAUCUCUCUCACUUCCCUUUUUUGACACUGUUGUUCAUGGCUGUUUCUCUGCCUGCUUGUUUCUCUCCCCUUCGCCCCACAGCAUCUAGAUGUGAUGCAAUGGGCUGCCAAGAACCGUUUCUUCGAGGGCCUCCGUCCCUCAUCUUCCUCCCUCUCACCUCCUCGCCCCACUCUCCCAUCCCUCAAAUCCCUUGUUCGCCUCUUGCCCGCGUGCCAUAUCUGCAGCAUCUGGACGUCAUGCAAUGGGCUGCCAAGAACCGUUUUUUUGAGGGACUCCCUCCCCGCCACUCCUCGCACGCCACCUGGCGCACCGUGAUUCGCCAGAGGAAGCAGGCAGCCAACGAGACCGCCUGGCCGGAGUUCCUUGGCCUUGAUUUGCUGUCUCUCAAGCAGCCGGUGCCCACCGCACCCCCUGCUGCUUCCGGGAAGUUUCGCCUGCAGGGAGGGAGUCCAGGGUUAGUGGGUGGAGCAGGAGGAGCAGCAGCAGCGGUGGGGUUUCAAUACCCGCCGGAGAAUUUUCGGGCAGCAGUUGAUUUUUUGUUCCUGGAGGCGGGGGCUGAUCUAGCUCUGGCCAAGAAAGCAAUCCUGCUCUACUACCUCAUCGAUCGCUUCUACCAGCAGAGAGAGGGGCGGUGGCGGGGGCUGGGGGAGGACUUUGGUGCGAGCAUGGACGUGGGUGAUGGGCAUGUGGUGGAGACGAUGGUGAUGGUGAUGCUGGAUGAAAGCACAGAGGAGGGUUUAGAGGAGGCUUGCUCACUGAUACCUCAUCUCAUCUCCCUCUCCUCUGCCUCCUCUUCCUCCUCCUCCGCAGCCCCUCCCAUCCAUCCCCGAAUUGCUCGAGUCCUCAUCAAACGAGGCAAGCCCGAGCCUGCUCUCCAGAUUCUCCGAACCUGCAGCCCAGGCCCGGCAAUCUUCCAAGCCUGCAGCGCCCCAGGCUCGGCAACCCCCGUUUUCCCGGACCUGGCUGUGCCUCUGGAGGAAGCAGUGACUGCGCUGCGAGUGCUUAUAGAGAAUCGGCUCUUAACAGAGGCAUUUCUGUACCUUAGAGCCUACUGCAAGCAACUACACAUCAACGACCCCUCCUCCCCUCACCCACACACUGACGCUGCUGAUUCUGAUGCUACUGAUGCUGCCGCUGAUGGUGCUGAUGCUGCUGGUGGUGAGAGUACUUAUAACGAAGCAGCCACGAGUGCUUAUACAGAAGCAGUGGAUGUGCUUGUAUCGGAGCUAUUCUGGCUGGCAGUGCGGCACCAGGCAGUUCCCGAGGUGCUGGCCUUCCCCUGGAGGGGCAGGGAGGGAGCGGUGCUGCAGCGCUGCCUGCUGGUCCGCACAGCGCAACAACCUGAGGGGGCAUGCGGCACCCUUCUUGUUCUCUUCCAUGUGGAGAGGGCUCGUUACAAGGCAGCACUAUCGGCGCACAAGCAAGUGUGGGCCAUAGAGGCAGCAGUAGAGGCAGAGCAGGACAGUGAAGAGGCCAAUAACGAGGAUGAGGAGGGGCAGCAGGAGGAAGGGAGUGGGGAUAGAGAGGAGGAGGAAGGAGGAAGUCCCAUGGAUGCUACUGCUGGUUCUGCUGUUGGUGGUGGUGCUGCUGGUGCGAAUGGAACAAGAAAAAGGAGGAGAGGGGCGAAGAGAUUGACAGUUCAGCUGCGCGAAAAGAGGAUAAGGCUGCUG